AUGUCGACCCGCUCCUACAAGGAGGCUAUCGAAUGCCUCAAUUCUCUGCAAUCCAAUGCUGUCGUAUUGGAAGCAGUGCGUGCAUCUGGAGGCCGUUCGAGUGCUUUUGCCAUCCCCGAAAUGCUCGAGUAUCUGGAACGCAUCGGAUAUAGCCCGGACGAUCUCAAUGCCCUCAAUGUGAUUCAUAUCACUGGAACAAAAGGAAAAGGUUCUACCAGCGCUUUUACUAGCAGUAUUCUCCAGGAUGCAAAGCCGGGAUGGAAAAUUGGCCUCUAUACAUCCCCCCACCUGGUCGCUGUACGUGAGCGUAUUCGCGUCAACGGAGAGCCUAUAUCUGAGGAGCAAUUUGCAAAAUACUUCUUCGAAAUAUGGGAGAAGUUGGAGAAGAAUAAUACGAGGCAAUACGAGAGCACUCCAGCAAAACCAGGAUACUUCCGAUAUCUAACUUUGCUUGCUUUCCAUGCUUUUUUGGACAUGAAAGUAGAUGCGACAGUUCUCGAAGUUGGUGUAGGAGGUACUUACGACAGUACAAAUAUCGUUCCUAAGCCCGUGGUCACUGGGAUUACAGCACUCGGCAUUGACCAUGUCACAGUACUUGGAAAAACCCUGAAGGAAAUCGCAUGGCAAAAGGGAGGCAUUUUCAAGGAAGGCGUCCCCGCUUUCACUAUGGAGCAGCCCCAAGAAGGCAUGGAGGUAUUGCGCGAACGCGCCAAAGAGCUCAAGGCCUCCAGCUUUACUAUUACCUCUUUGCUUCCGGGUCUGCGUGACGCCAAACUAGGUCUCGCGGGUGUUCAUCAAAUACAGAACGCCAAUCUUGCGGUUUACCUAGCACAAACAUUCCUGCAGACUGACGUGACGUUGAACGACUACGUCACGGAGAGUCUCGAGAAGACGAAUUGGCCAGGAAGGUGCCAAACAGUAUCCGAUCCCUCAGCACACAAUUUGACCUGGUUCUUGGAUGGGGCACAUACCCUUGAGAGUCUUGAUUGUUGUAUGCAGUGGCACGUCAGUCCAGGUGUCGGUCUGCCAGAGAAGUCCUCCAGCGCACGACCAAAACGUAUACUUGUGUUUAAUUGCACAAGCGGCCGAUCCGGUUCUUCUUUCCUGUCGGCCAUGUACGCAAAACUAUCGGUGCAACUUCAGCUUCAUCGAAGUCCGGAGACUCCCGAGCGGUACUUUGACCAAGUCAUUUUCUGUACCAACGUGACCUACGCGGACGGGUGCUUCAAAGGAGAUUUAACUGCCGUCUCGAUACCAGAGGCUGACUUAGCUGAGCUAAAGACUCAGCACCAACUUGCAGCUGCUUGGCAUGACAUAGUGCCUUCGUAUCCCCAGGAAUCCAUCCACGUACUGCCCUCUGUCGAGCACGCAGUGGACCUAGUGCGGAAUGUUACCUCACAGUCCACUAACAGCGUAAGCGUUCUGGUCGCCGGUAGUCUGCACCUGGUGGGCGGCGUGAUAGAGGUCGCAAAUCUUGCCAAGUUUGCACUGUAG